CAGUGCUCCCGGAUCAAGAGUCUGUCUGUGACUCUUCGCAGGACCCGUCCGCUGUACCCAUAAUUCACCGCGCUGAGACAAAAUGAAGGAAUACAGCCACUGCGGGAGAACAAUGUUUGGGCUCUAAAGAUUUAAACGGACGACCAAAGGUGAAAUAAACCAGCCGAAAGAGCUAUUGGUGGUCAUGUACUGGAGUGCUUCACUGCAGCUUCACCCUGCUCUCACCUCCGCUGUGUCUGUGCGACAUGUGCUAUCUGGAUGGUUCUGGUUGGCUCCCAUUAGUUGAACCUGCACACCACCAAGUUCAUCAUGAGCAUCAUUCAAGACAAACUAGGUAAUGACUUCCUGCGCUCCAAUGGGAGCAUGGACUCCAACUUCUCCCCUGGCAUGAUCAUGUUCAGUCACCUGCCCCCAGUGACCAGCUUCACCCGGCUGGCCACCCAGUCUGUUAUGCAGGACCUGCCAGGCCCUCACGAGAUGAUUCUGAAGAAGGAGCGGGACUCUCCAGACUGCAGCAUGGCUGGGGUGGGCGGCCUGGUGGAGUAUGGCGGGGUGGGGGACUAUGUCCAUGCUAUGGACAUCAAGCAGGAGAAGAUGACAGAACAUGACUACCGUCAGCCGCUGUACCCUGGAGGCCUGGGGAAGAGCACCGAGCUCCUGGAGGUGUCCAUGGGCAACCACCAGAAUCUGCUGGUGCAUGACCUUAGCCUAGGCAACCUGCCGAGUCGGUUAGGAAAGGAGUCCUCAGGAAAGAGAGGUCGAAGGUCAAAUGGUGAAGAGAGCAAGCCCCGGAGGAAACGUGGAGAGCCUAAGCAAUCAAUGAUGCUGGAUGCAGAUGGUGGCAGCAUGUGGCCCAACGGGAAGCUCCACAUCUGUGAGCACUGCAGCGCAUCCUUCAGGAGCUCAUACCACCUGCGCAGACAUGUCCUCAUCCACACAGGUGAGAGGCCGUUCAGGUGCAGCCAGUGUAACAUGAGUUUCAUCCAGAAGUACCUACUACAGCGGCACGAGAAGAUCCACAGCGGAGAGAAGCCUUUUUGCUGUGACCAGUGUAACAUGCGCUUCAUUCAGAAAUACCACAUGGAGAGACACAAGAGGACCCACAGUGGAGAAAAGCCAUACAGAUGUGAGACCUGCCAACAGUUUUUUUCUAGGACAGACCGAUUACUCAAGCACAAGCGAACCUGUGGAGAAGCCAUAAAGAAGGGUCUGGAGCCCGGGAUGUUGGACCUGGGCUGUGAGGACAUGGGGCAGGGCAGCUACGGAAUCACUCAGGGAAACACUGGGGCCUCGGUCCGGAAGAGGGGCAAGUCCAAAAACUCUGAGGGAGGGGAGCGCAAGAGGAAGAAAGCGGCGGGACCGGUUGAAGCAGGAGGGCUGGGCGAAGCACACAUCCACGGGGCGCCGUCGGGAGGCUACAGUCUCCAUGACUACAGCGUGGAGAAUCACACUGUGUCCUCGUCCACUCCGCCAGGGCCCAGUAUGCACCACGAGCAUCAAAGCCGAGCCCCUAAGAUGGCCUUCAAGAAGGCCAACCGUAAGGCCCUGGACCAGGGGGGCUUGGGGCAGGCCAAGCAGGGCACUAUGGAGCAGGGUGAGGGGAUGGUCGGGAUGGGCCUCUUGCAGGGCUCUGAGGCCAAAUCGGGUCCCACCAGCAGCAACUAUGAUGAUGCCAUGCAGUUCCUCAAGAAGAGACGCUACCUUAACGCGGCCAACAGUGCAGCAUCAGGGGCCGGGGUGGCAGGGAGCAGCACCAACGAUUAUGAGGUCAACGUUGGUCACCUGUCAUCCCAGCAGUCGGUUAUCCAGGGGGUGGUCUCAGGUGUGAUGGACAGCGACUCGCCCCUGAGUCUGCUCGACUCCUCCCCCAUGGGCGUGGACAAGCACGACAGGUCGGGGAUCCCUGACGAGGUACUGCAGAGCCUGCUGGACCACUACACCCAGAAACCAGACAGCUCACACCACGAUGUGCACUUUGACCUCAGUGACCAGCACGUGGCGCUGCACCCUGUCUCAGCAGAUGGCUCUGACCUGAGCCACGAUGCAGACUCUCCCAGCCCGUCUGGAGACAAGACGGUCAUUAUGCAUGAGUACUCCCGCUUCUUGCUGCAGGCCCUGGAACGCACCAGCCAUAACACAGGCUUCCCCCUGGGCCCCGGGCCUCCAGCUACCGGGCCCUUCACCAGCACCCACCAACGCAACCCACUCUUUACAGACAAGCACAUGUACACUACAUCCCCUCUGGAGUGUGGCUUCGGCCAGCCGGUGGCCUCUCCCACCCUGCCCUCCUCCGUGCCAAAGUCCCACUUUGCAAUGCUGUCAGACUCCUCUUCGCAGCACAGCUUCCACCUAAACAGCCUGGAGCCUGCCACCCACCAGCAGCUUACCCCUUCUCAGGAGCUCACCGACCAGAUGGAGAAGCAACACUCCUCCUCUUCCCCCUCCUCCUACCAGAUCAACCCGUCUGACCUGGGCAGCCAGAAGGACUCGCAGAACCUGGCUUCUCUGGACCCCUCUAAGGGCUCCUACACGAUCGAGAACUUUGCCCAGGCCUUUGGAUCCCAGUUCAAGUCGGCCGGCCGCGGCGCCUUGUCGUACGACGCUGACUCUUGCGGGGAGGUGGACCACAGGAUAAGGACACCAGUCUCCGAAUUCUCAGGGUAUACUAGUUUGUUAGCCGACGUCAAUGAGGCAGUAAGUACAGGUUCCAAAACCCCAACAAGCCAAAGCUACAGAUAAGGGCCUGGGAGGGGACAGCAUCCUGUUGGGAGUUUCAUGUUUUGUCCAUUUUUUAAAUUUUAUUUUCUAAAAAAAAAUGAGUGCUCCUAUUUUAUUCUUAUUUUUAUUAAGUGAAGUUUUAAUUAUUAUUAUUACACUGCCGCUAUGUGUAUGCCUCAACCCUCUCCCCAGGACUGGUCUUCAAGGACUAUUCAAAUGCAAUUUUUUAAGAUAUAUUUUUUAAGUAAAUAUCUAUGUAUUUA